AUGAGCGCAAGAACACGACGACAAAAGGCUUCCCUCGCCGCUGAGGAGAGCGAAGAUUCACCUGGUAAUGGCUCCGUAUCGACACCUUCAAAGCGCGCCUCCUCCAAGAAGAGAGCCAGAUCCGCCGCACGGGAAGAAAGCAAGGAAGAGAAGGAAAAUAUCUUCCUUUUCAUUCCGAAUCUUAUCGGAUAUUCCCGGGUCUUUUUGACCUUCGCCUCCCUAUACUACAUGCCUCUCCACCCCCGGACCUGCUCCUUCCUCUACACGGUGUCCUGUCUGCUGGACGGCCUGGAUGGUUAUGCAGCACGACACUUCCACCAAUCCACCACCUUCGGUGCAGUGCUGGACAUGGUGACCGACCGAUGCACCACCGCGUGUCUCCUAGUCUUCCUGAGCUCCGCCUGGCCCCGGUGGGCCAUCAUCUUCCAAGGUCUCAUCAGCUUGGACCUGGCCAGUCACUACAUGCACAUGUACGCUACUCUGAGUAUGGGCGGAUCCGGCCAGAGCCAUAAGAAGGUCGAUCCCAACCGUAGCUGGAUUAUGUACCAGUACUACACCAGCAAGCUCGUUCUGUUUAUUUGCUGCACCGCCAACGAAGCCUUCUUCAUCGGCCUGUAUCUCCUGUCUUUCUCCUCGCCGACCCUAUCUCCCUCCCUCCUGCAGCCUGUCUCCGACUCCCAGCUAUCCUCCGCUCAGCCCGGAAACCCCGCCCACCCCGAGCCAGCCAGCCUCUUCGCCAGCCCCUGGAGCGCCGGUGCCCUUGAAAUGGCGCGUGCGAACAAGCUUGAGAGCACCUGGCCCUGGAUCAUCACCGGCAUCUCGUUCCCCAUCAUGGCCUUCAAGCAGUUCGUCAACAUCGUCCAGAUGGUGAACGCCAGCAAGUGGCUCGCUGAGGGCGAUCUCGCUGCGCGCCGGUCCAACCGCAAGAAGUAA